CAUGUACUUCUCUCUUGCUUUUAUCCUUUCUGGUUUCGUGCUCAUCAGCCCUGUCUUGUCCGAAGAAGUUUGCCCUGGGCAGGUCACCCUCAGCGAGUCUUAUAUUGGCGCAGACAAGAACGUCAAGGUCGAGACUGUGUCAUGCCCUGAGGGGACUCUCACCAGGCGUGGCGACGUGGUACCCCGCCAAGCUCCUGUCACGAAUGUUUGUGGAGCGCAAUGCAACACAUUAUGUUUCACUCCCAGUGGUGGUGGACCGAAUCCUAACGAGUGCCAUGUAAUUGCUGAUGCACUGCGCUACGAGGGUCGAAACAUUGGGAACCUCUUCAAUAUAAACAACGGCACUACUGGCAACGUUGUCGUCAUGACCUAUAGCAGUUGCCUAUCCUUCUUUGCCAAUAAAAUCAACGGAGUUAUGCAAUACUGUCGUAAUGAUUGGGCAUCUGCCAUUGACUGGGUUGCUCCGAACUGCCAGUCUACCCAGAAUGCGCAUGGUGGAGACUGUCUCGCUAGCGAUGGAAGGUGGUUUAUCCAGGUCCAGCAUUCUUAA